AUACCGCCACAACACAGGAGAAAAAUGGCCACAAAAGACGCUCAAAGUGCUGUGCUUCUACUCCUGCUUAGUAGUGUGUCUGUACUAAGCUAUUUGCAGUUUGUCGUUCCUGGGGAAACAGAGGCUGACAGUAGUCCUGUUCAUGUUUCUCAAUUGGACUCCGGACCAUAUCCCUACUGGUCUAAUAGGACCGUGGAUGGAAACACCAGUCAAAAGAUAAGAGCCUGUUUACAUACAGCUGACAAGGAAGGUGUCACAGAGGCGUGGCUACGAAUCGAUCUAGUAACUGUGAAAAGCUUGAAGUCAAUAACAUUUUGGUAUCGAGCUGACAGAGGCAGUGUGUGGCGAAGUACACAACGUCUGAAAGGGUACAGUAUCCGUGUAUCGAAUACAUCAGACGUAACACCUGGUUCAACAGAUGUAUGUUUUGCCGACGAUAGAUCAUCAACAUUGCCAACUUUAAUUAAUCAAGAUUGUGAGGUAUCGGCCAGAUAUGUAUGGUUUUACCAGACAAACGUAUAUGAAUCAACAAAUCAUGUUCCAAUUUUGGAAAUAUGUGAAGUGCAGGUGUUCGGUUGUGAGACAGGGACGUAUGGUAAUAACUGCUCCAGAACAUGUGGUCACUGUAAGAAUAGUGAAACAUGUGACAUUGAUGACGGAAAAUGUGAUAUGGAUGGGUGUGCCAAACCGGGGUAUGAACCACCUAGUUGUAAUAAAUGUAAACCAGAAUUUUACGGCCCUGACUGUAGAUCACCUUGCAGUAUGUAUUGUCAUGGACUAUCUUGUAACAGUUCUUCUGGAGAAUGUUUGAAUGGUUGUAAACCUGGAUAUCAAACGCCGAACUGCAAUAUGCCUUGCCCACAUGGAUAUUAUGGAGACAAAUGUGCCGAUAAAUGUGGAAAGUGUUUAAAUAAUCAAACAUGUGACAAUGUGAACGGUACCUGUACGCGUGGAUGUGAUGAAGGAUUUAAAGGAGAUCUGUGCAAAAAAAAAUGCAGUGCUGAUGAGUUUGGACGAAACUGCGAAGAAAGAUGCAGUGGUAAUUGUUAUAACAAUCAAAUGUGUGACCCGUUCUUCGGAAACUGUAGUAAAUGCGCUGAUGGUUAUCAAAAUGCAAAAUGUGAAGAAAAAUGCAGUGAUGGUUCCUACGGAGAAGAAUGCAAAUACCAGUGUGGAGAAUGUCUUAAUGUUAUAACUUGUGACAACGUUAAUGGCAAGUGCUCUGAAGGAUGUAAACCUGGGUGGCAAAGCACAUACAAAUGUGAUAUACCCUGUAGAAAUGGUACAUUUGGAAUGGAUUGCAUGUAUAACUGCAGUGGAAACUGCAAGAGUAAUGAAACGUGUGACAAGACAUACGGAAUAUGCGUCAAAUGUGCCCCUGGAUGGGAAAAUGAUUAUUGUAACAAAACUUGCGAUGUUGGAUCGUACGGGUCAAACUGUGAAGAAACAUGUGGACGUUGUCUCAAGGCUGACAAUUGUUCCUCUACUGACGGAACUUGUCUUCGUGGUUGCCAGGACGGAUACACAGGAGAUACAUGUUAUGAACGUAUACAAAGUUUACAUAAAGAACCUGAAUCACCGGGUGCUGCAGUCAUCGCCGCUCCUGUCGUCGUCUUUGUUGUGCUGAUAACAGUCAUCGUAGUUGUUGUCAUCUUAAGAAGAAGACAACCUUCUAAGAAAUAUGAAAAGAAAGAGACCAGUGUGCAAUUGCAGGCGAUUCCAGGACAAGACGAAGAAGUAGAAAUGCCUUGUGGGGACGAAGUAUAUUACACAAAUCAUCAGAUCCACGCUAAGCAUAUCAAAAUCCGAGAGCUUCGAAGUGUUAUUAAUUCUCUGGAGCAUGACAUUGAAGAUGGAUUUGAAAAAGAGUUUCGUGCUAUUCCAUUUGGCGAAAAUCCUGAAAUUCCAUGUACAGUUGGCAAGCUGCCAGAAAACAUGGUGAAAAAUAGAUUCAAGACGACCUUUCCAUAUGACCAUUCUAGAGUGAUUCUUGAAUCUACAGAAAAUGGAGAUUAUAUCAACGCUAAUUUCAUCAAAAAUGCAUAUGGAGAAAUAGCAUACAUAGCAUCUCAAGGACCAAGACCAAAUACUGUGGUUGAUUUUUGGCAAAUGGUGUGGCAAGAAAAUGUUUCGGUUAUUGCCAUGGUAACUAACUUAAUGGAAGGAGCGACGGUAAAAUGUGAGAGAUACUGGCCUGAAACUGACGGAAGUAAAAUAACAAAAGGGAAGUUCAGCAUUCAAUUUGUAUCUACGAAAACGUAUGCUUAUUUUGCGAUUCAUCAACUUAAGGUUGCAAAUAACCAGAUAAAGAAAAGCCGCCUGAUCACACAUCUCCAGUACACUGGGUGGCCUGAUCACGGGACCCCGAGUCCAUUGGAACUCCUUGCGUAUCAUCGUUACGUUUCAUUGGCAAUAGAAAAACGUCCCGAAAGUAAACUUGUCGUUCAUUGCAGCGCUGGCAUCGGCCGCACUGGGACAUUUAUUGCCCUCGAUGCACUACAAGCGCAGGGGGAAAGAGAUGGCAGGAUAAACAUUGUGGAGUUUGUACAUACGAUGAGAGAAGACCGCAUGAACAUGAUACAAAACGCUAACCAGUACCGGUUUCUUUAUUAUGUACUUCACGAAAAUUUCCGGACAAAAGGGCGUGUGCGCAGCAAAACUGGCUUUAUUCAGGAGGUGGAGUCAGAGAUAUCGUCCAACAAAGCUGUAAACUUGUCCAAGUUUAUGAAAGAAUUCAACGAACUUGCUUCGAUUAAAACCGUGUUUGAGGAAAAAGAUAUGAAAUUCGGAAAACAAAACCAAAGCUUGAACAUGACCAAAAAUGUUUUACCAGCUGACAAGAUGAGAAUAAUACUGUCGUCCCAUGUCCCUGGGCGCACCACGUAUGUCAACGCUGUACCAAUUUCAACGUUUACCAUGAAGGACUGUAUGAUCGCCGGUCAGUAUCCGGUACAGGGGGCGGCCGUAGAUUUGAUCCGCCUACUGAUUGACCAGGAAUGCAGUUUUCUAGUGUCCAUCAACCCUUUGUCUGAAAUACCAUCGACUGUUGAAUGGUUUUCUUUGUCUGACCGUCGCCGUGAGCUGUUAAAUUUCGAAGUGGAAAGUAUGUCCAGUUCUAAAAUAUCGGAUAAUGUCAGAAAGUCGAGCGUUAGAAUAAAGACUGCAUCGUCUAAUGAUUGGCAGGAGGUUACUAUCUAUGAAAUCACAUCAUGGCAUUUCAAAGAAGACCUUCCGGCUGAAACCAACCCCAUUUUAGAACUUGUAAAGUUUAUAAUGCAGGGGCCGAAAAUCGAUCCCGAAAACAAAAUGGUUGUUCUUUCCAGAGAUGGCGCUACUGGAUGUGGAGUGUUUUGUGCUGUGUAUAACGCCAUACAGCAACUACAACAGGAUCAGGAGGUGGACAUGUUCACCAUUGUCAGACAGCUUCAGAGUCGUCGACCGGAAAUGAUCACCAGCAUGAAUGAAUACACUUUUUGUUGCCAAGCGGUGGCUCAGUUUAUCAAAAGUGACACUGGGAUGGAAGAUGUCUACAUGAAUUCUCAGCCUGAAAAUGACGAAAGCAUUUACGCAAAUGUUUAGACUUGUGUAUAUAUAGCUCUGGAUCUGAGAAUUUUACAAUUUUGUUUUACAAGUUUUUUUUAACUUUUUCAUCUAGUUCCAAAUAUCCUUUUCCAGAUUGCUUCGUUUUGUAAUGACAUUUCUAUUGUGCUGUCUACACGUUUAUGUCAUGUCGAUUUUUUUUUGUCAAAAAGAAAAAAGAAUAGGAGUUAAUGGACUUUUGAAUUUUAAAAAAAUAAUGAAUUUUAUCUUGAUAUGUAAAAUAUAUAUCGUAUAUCAUAAAGCGUUUAAAACAUUGUUUAAAAAGAGGGGUUUUUUUUUUUAGAAUUUUUUAUCAUAGAAGAAAAUUAAGUAUGACAUGUUUAAACUAUCUGGCCUCCAUAGAAGAAAACAAUCCAUGUUUAAAAGCCCCUUUUGAGAAUGAUUAUUUGUCAGUCGAAUACACAUAGUUUUAAUUUUUCAAGCGUAUGCUUUGCAUAUAUUUUGUAUUGAGUACCUAAUUGUGGUUAUGCAGGCCUACUACUUUUAAUAAUUUUCAAAUUCUUAUUUUACUUGUCAGGCAAUAUCGAUUUUCUUUAUUGAUCCUAAAAUCAUAUGUCAUUUAACGUUUGUAUUUUUUUCGCAGUAUGAGAAUGACCUUUCUUGCAUAUGUAUUUAUCGUGUAAAAAGUGAUUGGCUCACAGUGUAUCCUUGUUUCUUACUUAUAUGUUUCUAAAUUAUAUUGAAUUCUAGAAAAAUAAGCGAUAGAAGACCCUUGUUUAAUUUCCUUUUAGAAUAUAUACUAUUUUUUUUUAAGUAAUUACAUAUAUAUGUAUGAUAGGCUGGCCUGUAUUACAAAUACACUACAAGCUAUUUCGUAGGCUAACAUUAUUAUAUCUGUUAUUAUUUCGACGGAUGCAUGCAUCCUCGAUAUAAGUUGCAAAUUCAUUUGAUACGGUGUCUGGAGUAUAGCUAGCUAGCGCAGUGUUAUUUCUUCUGGUAGCACAUCAUGUUUUACAAGGAGCAUUGCUAAAACGUAGAACGAAAAACGAGACAGAAAAAGAAAAGAAACGAAAAAACGGAAAAUAUAAUAUUCCAGGUUUUUUUUUUCAUUAAAAGAGUAAAGACUGGACAGAAACAAUUUUUUUUGUAUCAUUUAUCAUAUCUAACAAAUGGUUACUACUGUAUGGUUGUUUGCUUUGUACGAACUUCUAUCAACCAUGGCAACUGCUUUCAAAUUGUUAUGCUUAAGUUCGAAAUUAAAAAAGAAGAAAUGUGUAGAGACAUUAAGAAGCAACUAGAUGGUAUCCCACGCUAGCGCAGGAAUAAAUACUUUACACAUUAAUAUGAUACAAUUUUUUUUAUUAACCAGAGGUUUCCGACCCAAGGUAUCUGUCCGCGAUGCAUGGUGGACUCGUCCUACACUUUUCGACAUGACGUCAAUUAGUCAACCCGUUUUCUUUGUUAUCCCGUUCUGGAAAGUUCUAACCAAUUCUCUCACAAGAGGUCGUUCUAUCCAUCAAAACCAAAAUCGCACAGUCAAGAAACGAAUUGGCUUAUUUUAUCUAUUCAACAUUUGUCAAAUCCUAACUUCUGUGUAUACUCUAAAUAAAUUACCAGUAAAUAUAUUAGUUAAUUCUUUAUGUAAUCAUUCAAUGUUAUUUCAUUGCAAUCAAAAAUUUGAUGUAGCUUCCCCUGACUUGAAUCCGCCAAAGCGUGUCCACCUCUUUAUUCUCAUUUUUACUAUUUUGGGUUUCGAAAAUGUAAGUAGGUAUUUGGUUCAUUUCACAAUAAUUACUUAUCAGUUCAAAUUCAAUUAUAGCUUAUAUACGGACAUCAUCUC